GAAGCGGCUUUUUGCCUAGAAAGUUCUAAUGAUUACUAUUCUAUUAAACUAUAUAUCGUAUAUAGCUCUCAAUACAAAAUCAUACACUCUUUCUACAAGUGCCAGUAUAGCUAUUGCAUCUAGUCCUUCAUUCAUUCGCAUUGUGCUGUGAAUUCUAAAUUUGGAAGAAGUGGAAAUCGCAGAGAUCAUGGAUUCCACCAACGACGACAUGUCUACUAAUCCUCAAGAUCUAGUCUCCAUAACCAUCACUCAUCAUGGCAAACCUCACAUCUUCUCUCUACCCCCCACAGCAACCAUCACCGAUCUAUCCGAUUCCAUUUCCACCACCCUCUCGAUCCCGCCUCAGAACCAAAAACUCAUGGUCUCCAAACUCGGUCUUCUAAAACUCCCCUUCAAAGACCCUUCCCUCCCCAUCCCAACCCUCGCCGACAAAAAGAUAACCCUCAUGGGGAGCACCAUCGCCGAAGCAUCCUCCGUCGCGGCCGGGGCCCUAGCCGCCUCCCGCAGCGUCAACGGACCCAGCACUCGUCCCGCGCCCAAAGUCUCCGCCUACAAAACCCGCGAUUGGAAGCGCGAACAAGAAGAAGCACAAUACACAUUCCAGACUCUGCGACCGCUUCCCUAUCUGCCCAAUCCCGGGAAAUCCCUCCAAUUUCUGCAGCGAUUGAAAGACGACGCGGGCAUCAAGGCCGCGAUGCGCAAACAUAAAUUUACCGUGCCUCUCCUGACGGAAAUGAAUCCGAUUGAACAUACCGUUUCGAAUCAUGAAGGAACAUCGCGCACUUUGGGUCUGAACAGGAAUCAGGGGGAGGUGAUCGAAUUGCGGUUGAGAACGGAUGCGUAUGAUGGAUAUCGAGAUUAUAAAACUAUCCGAAAUACGCUAUGUCACGAAUUGGCGCAUAAUGUCUGGGGACCCCAUGAUCGAAAUUUCUGGAAUCUGUGUAAGGAGAUAGAAAAGGAGGUUGAGGGGAAUGAUUGGAGGAGCGGAGGCCAUGCGGUGGGGGAAGAGGAGUAUUAUAGUAGAGAGGAAGUGGAUGAUCAUGGGGGGUGGAGCGGAGGUGAGUUUGUACUGGGAGUUGGAGGUUCAGGGGGUGCGGAAAGCACGGGUGUGAAUUCGGGAGCAAAUUCGGGACAGGGAAUGAGCAGGAGGGAGAUUUUGGCGAAGGCGGCGGAGGAGAGAAUGAGGAAGGUGAGGGAACAGAGUGGUGGUGAAGGGGGAAGUGCGGGUGAUGGAUCUGCUACUUCAUAGUUUUAUGGUUGAGUUGGGGGUGCAUCCUUUCAGCGAUGGCGUUUGGCAUGAAUGGGUUUCAGGAGUCGAGUAGUUUUCAAGGCGUGGCACAUAGGUAUCUUGACGCAAUGCAUUAAUCAGUAUCUGGCAUUGAUUUAGAUAAUCGAUAGACUAAUUUAGGAAAUUUCCAAUAUUGAGUUACAUGGGAUCAAGAAGACAUGCUUCGAAAAUAUUUCA